CAACUCAACGCUGUAUCGUAUUGCCUGAGUUAAGUUAGACCUUUAUAUAUGUUCUGUGAGAAAAAUGUCAGAUGCUUGAAACAAACCAUCGUGCCCGCCAAUUAAUCGCUCACAUUUCGCGAUUUUAAGUGUGAAUCAAAAAGGUAUCGACGCUAGGCCGAAAUAACAACUGCACAAAGUCUAAUAUUAUAUAUGAUCGAGUAUCAAAUAUCUUUGCGAUCGGCAGCAUGUCUCUCGUGAUGCCGAAUGAACAAACGUAGAAAUAAGAUGUCACCAUUCCGGAGAAAAAAGUCCGGGAGAUCCUUCCCUGUCAAAGUCUGCACCUUGGAUGCGGAACUUGAAUUUAAUUUGGAGUGGAGAUCGACGGGCAGAGACUUAUUUGAUCUGGUGUGCCGUACAAUAGGAUUAAGAGAGACAUGGUACUUUGGACUUCAGUAUGAAGAUGCAAAAGGCUUUAUUUCUUGGUUAAAAUUGGAUAAGAAAGUUCAAGAUCAAGGUAUUUCACAACAAUCAACAACAUCAUUCAUGUUCUUAGCAAAAUUUUAUCCCGAAGAUGUUGCAGAAGAACUUGUACAAGAAGUCACUCAACAUUUGUUCUUCUUACAAGUAAAGCAAGCUAUAUUGUCGAUGGAUAUCUAUUGCCCACCUGAGGCUUCUGUAUUACUUGCCUCUUAUGCUGUUCAAGCAAAGUAUGGUGAUUAUGAUGAAGUUUCAUAUCGUCCUGGAAUGCUUGCCAGUGAGGACUUGCUUCCCCAAAGAGUUAUAGAUCAAUAUCAAAUGACUCCAGAAAUGUGGGAGGAUAGGAUAAAAAUUUGGUACGCCGAUCAUCGUGGCAUGUCUCGAGAUGAAGCAGAAAUGGAAUAUCUGAAGAUUGCACAGGAUCUCGACAUGUAUGGUGUAAAUUAUUUUCCUAUUAGUAAUAAGAAGGAAACGGAUCUUUGGCUCGGAGUAACGGCAUUGGGAUUGAAUAUUUAUGAAAAGGAGAAUAAGCUAGCACCGAAGACUACGUUUACAUGGUCGGAAAUUCGUCAUAUUAGUUUCGACGACAAGAAGUUCAUAAUCAAACCUGUGGAGAAGACAUCGCCGAACUUCAUGUUCUUCUCGCAGAAAACUCGCAUGAACAAAUUGGUAAAGAAACAGUCAGAUGUUGGCAGCUGGGUGAGGGGUUUGAUAGCUUUAAAGUUGAACGAACAUAAUAGUGACACGGCUGCUCACAUAUUAUUUGUUAAGAUCCUAGACCUGUGUAUUGGCAAUCACGAUCUGUUUAUGAGGCGACGAAAACCGGAUUCCAUGGAAGUUCAACAAAUGAAAGCGCAAGCCAAGGAAGAAAAAUCCAGGAGACAAAUUGAAAGAAAUAAAUUAGCACGAGAAAAACAAUUAAGAGAAGCAGCGGAAAGAGAAAAAGCUGCGAUGGAACAACGGCUUCUGCAAUAUCAGGAGGAGAUACGACUGGCAAACGAAGCUCUUAGAAGAUCUGAAGAGACAGCAGAUCUUUUAGCUGAGAAAAGCCGCGUAGCAGAGGAAGAAGCAAUGCUUUUAAGUCAAAAAGCGUCGGAAGCUGAACAAGAGAUCACGCGAAUACGAUUAAAUAACAUGAAGACUGAAGAAGAAAAGGUCCAUUUAGAACGAAAGACCAGAGAAGCUGAAUUAUUAACGGAAAGGUUGGUUCAAGAAUCGGAACGUAGAGCUGCUGAAGCGGAAAAAUUGAAAGAUGAAUUAUUACGUGCGAGAAUUGCCGAGAAAGAAGCUAAGGAAAAACUAUUAGAGUUCCUGAGUAGAAAUGCCUACACUGCUACCAUAACCCCUGUGCCAAAUCUAUUUCCUUCUACGCAAGUGCUUCCAUCAGACCUACAAGCGGAUCUUCAGACUUUGCAACUAGACACAGAACCUCUACCACCUGACUUAACAUCCUACGAUCUUAUUGGCGAUGGAGACGUCGAUCAACUUUCGUUAGAAAUUGAAAGAGAGAGGAGCGAUUAUUUGGAAAAGAGUAAACAUUUGCAGGAACAACUGCGAGAAUUACGUUCUGAAAUUGAAGGUUUAAAGGUCGGUGAAAAGCAGUGCGAAUUGGAUCAAUUACACGAAGAACAAGUUCGACUUGGCGAGAAUAAAUACAGCACGUUGAAAAAAGUCAAGUCCGGAUCCACUAAAGCCAGAGUCGCUUUCUUUGAAGAGUUAUAGUUCUUGAGAAAGUAGCAACGAUAAUGCGUAUUAACAAGAAUCUAGUGAAAUUCAAUUGAUACUAAAAAAUAUAUAACACUAUACAAAUGUGUGCAUAUGUAAAAAGAGAGGAGGAAAGAGAUAUCUAUAGAUAUAGAAUACUCAAGUGUGCUAUAUUAUAGGAUAUUCCAUUUCUCAAUUAGAUGGUACCAGAUUUCUUAACAAAUAAAAUUGUUUUUCCUACAAAAUUUCUAUAGAAAUUUUCUAUUUCUACAUAAAUACUCAGAAAGCACAAUAAUGUUUUAAAAAAAUAUUUAAAAUGUAUAUUUUGGAUGUUCCAGACAUAUUAAAAACAUCUGAUAUUAUUGUUCUGAACUUCUCAAAAACAUUCAUUUUAGGAUGCAACAGACUAAAAUUGGAUUAAAUUAAAAUGUUAAUUCAAGCCGACAAAAUAGCUAACCCAAUAACAUAUCUAGACCAAACAUUUUAUGUAUGAAGUUUCUGUACACAAACUAAAUUUAAAAGUUGGUAGUUUAAACAGAAUAAAAUAGUUGUUUUGCAGGGCUCUCUAUUCUCUCAUUCACAAGAAAAUAUCGAAAGUAUGAAAGAAAAUCUAAAAUAGAGCCCGCAAAACAAUUAUCUCACACUGCAUAAAUUUCCAACUUUCAGAUUCAUUUCGCAUACAGAAUAUUUGGUCUAGAUAUAUAUAAAAAACACCGCGCUCGAACUUAGUAAAUUUUCGUCAUCAGAGGUAAUGAAACAUUCCUUGAAUGACUUAAAAUUUUCGCUCAAGUCGCGAGCAGAUUUAGAAAAUGUUUGCAUAAGAUUAGGAUUGCCAUAUCUAAAAUUUAAAAGUUGCAGAUCAAAAACCUCGGACAUUUCGUUUAUAACCUCGGACACGUACAAAAAAGCAUAUAAUAAAAUUAGUCGCAACAGUCAAUGAAUAAUUAUUUCACAAUGUAAUUGUUCAUAAUAUAUAUGAAACAUAUAAAACGUUUUAUAUAAUACAUAAAUAUAAAACAUUAAAAAAUAUAUAAUACAUUCAAAAUAGUUUACUUGUUUUUACUCUGCAAUUGCAUAUUAUAGAUUAUUAGAAAGAAUUAUAUUUUAAUAUUGAGAUUACAUACGAUUAAGAUUUCUACCUCAAUAGAGCUUGUAUCAAUGAAAAUACUGUUUUAACAUUUGCGUUGCGAGCUAAUAAACAAAAAAAAAGAA